UGAGCUUGCACACAGGCAGCUCCCAUUCUGCAUUCACUCGCUUUCAGUCCGAGUCAGACCUCCUCCUCCCACACUCUCCUCCCAUCCCAUCCCAUGCCCGACCGACCCUGAGCUGAGGUUCACUCGCUUUCUCUCGAGCAGUCGUCCAUCCAGUCCAGUCCAGUCCAGUGGACACACUUUCUGAUCGACUGGGCAGUGUGGCUAUAAAUUGAUCCAUUUCCGUCUUGAUUUUCCAAUGAGCUCAUGAGAAGGCUGCAGGCCGCGAGCAGCAGUAGAAGUGCAGCCGCAGCCAGCCAGCCUGCAGCAGUAGCAGCAGCAAUUGGUGGGUGGGAGUGUGUGUGCGGAGAUGGUUGGCAGAUGGGGGUGGGUUGAGCUUGGAAGGGCAUAGCAAGGCAAGGCAAGGCAAGGGAGAGGACGGAAGGAUCAAAGGGAUGGGUGGCCAAGAGUGAAGGAGAGUGAGAUGCGGCGGCGAGCCGAGAAGUCUCGAAGCGAAUACAUGUGUUCGGCUUCUGCUUCUCACUUGUCAUCAGCAUCUGCAUUCCCACUCCCUCCCAUUCUUCCCUCCCGCUCUCUAACCUCGCUGCUGCUGCGGCUGCCCGUCCUCUGAUGCUGCUUCCACUCCUCUCCCUCCCGUGAUGGCAGCAGUCCUGGCCCUUGUCCUGCUGCCUCUUUCACUGUACGAGCUCUGCCCCAAUCAUGGACUUGGGGUUCUUUGCUUCGGUCCGAGUGUACACCAUCGAUCGAGCGAGCUCUAUAAGCCAUUCCUACUUCGCUCUUCUCCCUCCAAAAGUUGAGUCUCGAAGGAAACCCUGGAACGUGUUGGAGAGGAGAGGAGAUCUUUCCGAGACACGAGAAUGGAUUGUGGGAGAAAGGCAAGGGUGCCUUUGGGCCGCUUCCCGUGAGUGUUCCCAGCUGAACUGAUUCGCGCUCUCUAAGAUGCCAGCCAGCUGAGGCCAGUCACGGGAUGUGGGGCAAUAGCUCUCUCGUCUUUAUCCCAAUUUCCUCAAUCAUUGAAUACGUGUCCUCGGUCUUGAUAUUCAUGUCGCCCGUCCUUGACUUGUCGGUGCUACAUAUGUUCGCGUCAACUCUCUCAGCUGCAGAUUAUGCGUUACCUCUCGGAUCGGAAACCUCUAACAUCGAUCACAAAUUGUAUCAAUUUCGGACUCGCACGUUGGUUUUCUUCCAAACGAGCACCUUUGGCUUCGCACGUAGAAAAGGCUUAAACUUUUGGCUUGUGUCAAUAGUCUGCGUCACACUAUCCGACCACACUGUAAGCACAUCACAGUGUCAUCUGCGCGUCGACGAAACUACUGGCAAGAGUAUGUUCUCUGUCUGGACAGUAGGACUGACUCUUAGUUACUGAUCGUCGAGGCCAAUGAAAUCUUGGCUCGAUCUCUGAGCUGGCUAUUGUCGCUUGCAAUGAAGAAUUUUAACAGGUAACGAUGUAGAAGACGACUACUUUCAACAUUCACGUCGGUUCGAUCAUGGUUGCAUCGUGGAGUGUCUGCGAGGGAGACUCAAGAGUCGGAGGCCGGUAUUAUGGGUCAUGUGAUCUGUUAUUGUCUUAACGCAUCUCACCUGAUUUGGAUUGUGAUAAGUCGUAUCGAUGCAUCUGAAAGGAGGAAUAGUUCAAGUUAUCUCGCUGGAAGGCGUGCUCGUUCUGAGAUGCCGGUAGGCGAUAACGAAAGCUCGCAGCGAGGUACCUGUAUUGAUCACAAGUCACGAGAACCACGCUGUUAGCUGCCCUCCCGUUUGCAGGUCGUCGAACAGUUGUUGUCGAGCUGCCGGCUCCAAAUUGAUAUAUACACUCCCGAACGACCUUGGCGAGCGUCAAAACGUCAAUGUACAUUCAUCUCACAAGCAAAGUACGCUGCCUGUCUGCGAGCUCUCCAGCGUCACACAGUGGACACCGCCAUAGCUUUCGCUGAGUACUCAUCUGAAAGUUCGUAAUGUGUUACGGUGCUCGUUUCACUCGAUCACUUUCAGAUGAAAAUUGAAGUGUCUCCUGCCAGCAGCCUUAUAUCAUACAACGAUCCGGCUGUGUGUUGCAUGGUCGAUCAAAUGUCACUGCUCGUCCUUCUCGCUCUUCUUUAGACUUGCCUCGACUCUUAGAUCUCGUCUAGCCAUGCGCUCGGCAUGAUGUGUGAGUUUUGGUAUUACAUAUGAGCCGUGAGUUGACUUCUAACGAGAUUUUUCAAAACCAGUAACUCUCCCUGAUGUGUGUGUUAGAAUCUGAUCCUUGAGAUUAACUGCAGGCACCUCUUAUUGCACGUGGAGAUGAUGACCCACAUGUGCUGUUUAUCUACUGACAAGUAUGGAACAGGUAUUUUUUUUUGCUUGGUGUUGAUACAGGUGGAAACUAGGACUAUAUAUUCCAGGUUCUCGAGGUUUGCUCCUGAGGUGAAUGUUCUACAAUUGCCCAGUACCAUCUCCUUACACUUGGUCAUAGCAAUCGAACAUCGUGAUACAGUUGAGUAUCAAAGCCGAAUUUUUUCAUAUGUUUCGAUAGCUUUACCUCGUGGUGUGACACUCGUAGUUCGGUACCGACAUCUGAAUCUUCUCCCCCAACAUAUGGCCUUAAAUUUGGAAACUCAUGCAAAACUGGGUGGAGUCGUCUACACGAUCGCGAGGUCUGUUCCAGUGAGGAGAGUGUAUCCGAAGAGCCUCAGACCCGGACGUCUCCCACCCCACCCUCAACGGUUUUUCAGUUCAUCCUCUUAUCCGACUAAUGAGGCGGUGAUGAAUGUCAUGCCAGUACGAAGGUAGGCAUAGUUCCCCGUCCUGGAGUGAAUAAUGUCCAGUUCGAAGCGUGCAAGAAUUUUCGUACAAUUGUCUUGUUUUAAUGGUACCACGCAUCGGAUCCGUGCGUGUCACAAGUUUUAAGCUCCCUGCCCGUGUUCUCGGGUACGCACUCUCUCAUCAUUUGUGUAUACGAGUAUUAUCGUAGACAUGGUAGAGGUAUGGGGUUUUCAGUUGCACUCUUGAGAGCAGUUACUGCCUACUCCCUGUGGCCAAACAUCUUCUCGCUCCUUAAACCUCGAUACGAAUGUCCACACUUGACUAAUUCCUGUCAAACGUAAUUCCAGGAGCACCACCAGACGUGCCUCUGUAGUCGAGAUGUCCGAGAUGAGAGAUGAGAUGUAUGUUUCUGAGCUCCCUGCCAACUAUAUCGUUCGCAUUCAUAGAUCUUCGGUCUACGACUUUGAUGUCAAAGUUGAAAUGUCUUUGUUCUACCGCCGGAUCAGAGAUGUGAGUUGGUUGUUGUGUUCACCGCUGUCUACGUAUUUUUACGACAAUUCAAAUCUUGGUUGGUCUUGAGAUGUUUCUGAAUGGAUACAGGAGAUUUGAAGAACGUGUGCCUGAGAAAUAUCAGUUCUUCGCACAUUAGAUAAUCUCUUGCUGAAUGUAGGUGAAGACCUUGAUCGUCCACGCUGAAGACACUGAAAAGUGGAGACCCCCGGUUGUGUCGUGGGGAGUGCGGGAUGUGGCUGAGUAGCCAGCUAGUGGAUUGGCAGUAAACACACACUGUCGCUCGAACUAUUGUCUACAGUCAAACACUUAGCAUAGUAUUGGGCUCUGAGGUUUGGCAGCUUGAUAUCAUUACCUAUCUAGACAAAGUUCCCGAUUAGAAUUCCAGACUGCGUAUCAUAAUUGUGAUAGGGUAUAGAGGACCAUGUAAUUUAAUGUGUGCCAUCUUCUGGCGGGUUUGCCCUCUCGAACUUACUAAUAUAAGAGCUCACUUGGAAGAAAUUUUAUUGUGCUUUCAUGAUC